ACACACACAAAUGCUCUUGUAUGUCAAGCCCUGACUGUAGUUUUGCUGAUGUUCUGUUGUGUGUCGUGUCUCAGGCGUCAGAAGUGUCCCGCAGCAGAGGAGGGUCUCUGGUCAGCAGAGCUGGAAACGGUUUAAUAUCAGCCGUCAGGAGUCACAAACAGCCUGAUUCAGUGCCUCUAGCUUACAAUGAUAAGAUCGUGGCUUUCCUGCGUCAGCCGAACAUACUGGAGCUGCUACAGGAGCGACAGCCGAGCCUCGCCAGGGAUCACACUCUCAGGGAGAAAAUCCAUUACAUCAGAACUGAAGGUCCUCAGGGCGUUGACAAGCUGUCAUGUGAUGCUGACCUGGUCAUGCUGUUGAGUCUGUUUGAUGAGGAGAUCAUGUCGUAUAUUCCCUCUCACUCCUUCCACCCCGGCCUCAGUUUCUCUCCGCGCUGCUCUCCUGGAUCCUCGCCUCAGAGUUCACCGGGCUUGCAGAGGGCUAGAGCGCCUGCUCCGUACCGCAGAGACUUCGAGGCAAAGCUUCGCAACUUUUACAGGAAGCUGGAGGCUAAAGGCUACGGCCAGGGACCGGGAAAAAUCAAGCUCAUCAUCAGAAGGGAACAUCUACUGGAAGGCACCUUUAAUCAAGUAAUGGCCUACUCACGCAAAGAGCUCCAGAGAAACAAGCUCUUCAUCGCCUUUGUAGGAGAGGAGGGUUUGGAUUACAGCGGCCCAUCGCGGGAGUUCUUCUUCCUGUUGUCUCAGGAGCUGUUUAACCCUUACUACGGUCUGUUUGAGUACUCGGCCAACGACACGUAUACAGUACAGAUCAGCCCCAUGUCUGCCUUUGUAGAGAACCAUCUGGAAUGGUUUCGUUUCAGUGGCCGUAUUUUGGGUCUGGCUCUGAUCCACCAGUAUCUGUUGGAUGCUUUCUUCACUCGACCGUUCUACAAGGCCCUGCUCAGACUAGUGACAGAUCUGAGUGAUCUGGAAUACCUGGAUGAGGAGUUCCACCAGAGCUUACAGUGGAUGAAGGACAACGAUAUCACGGACAUCCUGGAUCUGACGUUUACAGUCAACGAGGAGGUCUUCGGACAGGUGAUAGAGCGGGAACUGAAGUCGGGAGGCUCCAAUAUCCAAGUGACGGAGAAGAACAAGAAGGAAUACAUCGAGCGCAUGGCUAGAUGGAGGGUGGAGAGAGGGGUCAUGCAGCAGACCGAGGCCCUUGUAAGAGGUUUCUAUGAGGUCGUAGACUCCCGCCUGGUUUCAGUGUUCGAUGCUCGUGAGCUGGAGUUGGUCAUUGCAGGGACAGCCGAGAUUGAUCUGAACGACUGGAGAUCCCACACAGAAUACAGAGGAGGUUACCACGAUGGGCACGUUGUGAUUCGUUGUUUCUGGGAUGCGGUGGAGCGCUUCAAUAAUGAACAGAGGUUGCGCCUGCUGCAGUUUGUGACGGGGACGUCCAGUGUCCCCUACGAGGGCUUCGCAGCGCUCCGUGGGAGCAACGGCCUGCGACGCUUCUGCAUUGAAAAGUGGGGAAAGAUUACCUCUCUACCAAGGGCGCACACAUGCUUCAACCGUCUGGAUCUGCCUCCCUAUCCGUUCGAACCCUGUUGCUGUAUGAGAACUCCUCACCGCUGUGGAGGAGACCAGCAACCUUUGGUCUGGAGUGAAGAAGUGAGACUUCUUUUUUUUUUUUUUUUACUGUGAAAACAUGUAUCUCGAUCCACGAAGAGACUUUUUAAAGAUUUUAAACUUCACCUGAGAAUUUUGUUUAAAAUAACUUGAAAUAGCAUGUUUCUGCACUAAAAUAUUACAUAUAUAGUACUUUGUGGGAGUGUGGGGUCAAAAGAAUCAUGUAUGCAAUAUUUAAAACCUUGCUGCAUCCUACUCAUGUUAUUCCUUGCCAUCAUCCUAUUGGUUAGGCAUCAGCACAUCUACUUUCUGAUUGGAUAUUCCCUUAAAACGUGGUAAAGUGUGAUUUUUAGUGCCUGGCUAUGUUUGAAAUGGAAUACUAACAUAUUGCUUACUGAAUACUGCACAGUAUACACUGUACUUAAUACUGCCCACAUAUGUUUUUAAGUUCUGUAGUAUGUGAACCAUAUGCAACAAAUGAACACUUCCGAGUGCAGUAUGCAAUGUAGUUGUCACAUGGCCUCAUUAGUACACUGCAUGUUUAAACAUUAUGUUUUGGCCACUUUUCAAAGACAUCAAAGGCAAUUUUUGCAUUUUAAUGUCUGAAUGAUCACAUAAUACGUCUAGUUUUGGUACUACAGUAAGUAGGCACAUUGCA